AAGCGCGGCGAGAUCAGACCGAGCGAGCGCUGAGCUGCCGCCGCCAUGAUCAUACCCGUGCGCUGCUUCACCUGCGGCAAGAUCGUCGGCAACAAGUGGGAGGCCUACCUGGGGCUGCUGCAGGCCGAGUACACCGAGGGGGACGCUCUGGAUGCACUUGGCCUGAAGCGCUACUGCUGCCGUCGCAUGCUGCUGGCCCACGUGGACCUGAUCGAGAAGCUGCUCAAUUAUGCGCCUCUGGAGAAGUGAGGGCGCUGGAGCCCACCCGCCCGCUGUGCUCACCAGGGGCCGGCAGAGUCUUGCCCAGAGUUCCUCCCUGUGAGGUGUGGAUAGCCUGGAGCAUGCC